GGGCGUGUCGUAAAUACGGUACAAGUACUACAGAGAGGCCUAGAUCUAGACCCUACACGGAUUUACAUUGUGCAGAAAAUUGCUUUUUGUUUGUUUCUGAAAUUAUUUUUAAAUUGAAGAAAUAUUCAAUCCGUCACCAUGAGCGCGAAUGGAAACGGGAACAAUCGCCCUGCACCUGAGGGAGAUGAAAUGCCAACCAAGAGACAGCGACGAAACGUGAAGGUGUGGUGUGAUGGAUGCUAUGAUAUGGUUCACUUCGGGCAUGCCAACUCUUUGCGCCAAGCCAAAUUGAUGGGGGAUCAUCUUAUUGUCGGUGUUCAUUCAGACGCUGACAUCAUCAAGCACAAGGGUCCACCCGUGAUGAACGAGAAGGAACGUUACAAGAUGGUGCGUGCAAUCAAAUGGGUGGAUGAAGUAGUAGAGGCUGCCCCCUAUGUCACACAUCUAGAGACGUUGGACGAGCACGACUGUGAUUUCUGCGUUCACGGAGAUGAUAUCACCCUGGACUCUGAGGGGCAAGACUGCUACAGGAUAGUCAAGGAAGCAAAACGUUUCAAGGAGUGCAAGAGAACAGCAGGUGUAUCAACGACAAACAUCGUAGGCAGAAUGCUGCUGAUGACCAAGACGCAUCACAUGGGAGGUGAUCUGGAAGAAGAAUCAAACGGCAACGUCAGUCCCAGGUCCAAGACCCUUCAAGCAUCAAAUUCAGUGGAAUCAUUUGAGAAGAACCAGAACUUCAAGAAUGGAUUGUGUUCAACAAUGAGUAGUCCCUACACAGGAAUCUCACAGUUCCUUCAGACCUCCAACAAGAUCAUCCAGUUUGCAGAAGGAAGAGAACCUUUGACUGGUGACCGCAUCGUCUACUGUCCCGGUGCUUUUGACCUCUUCCACGUUGGUCACAUAGAUUUCUUGGAGCAAGCAAGCAAACUGGGGAACUACAUCAUUGUCGGGCUGCAUGGAGACCAGGAGGUCAACCGUUACCAUGGUAGCAACUAUCCCAUCAUGAACUUACACGAAAGGACUCUCAGUGUACUGGCCUGCAGGUACGUUGAUGAGGUUGUGAUCGGCGCCCCUUACAAAGUGACGGCUGAGCUCCUAGACCAUUUCAACGUGGAUGUCGUCGUUCAGGGCAAGACUAAGAUCUUCCAAGGGGCAGAUGGCGCAGACCCAUAUGAGGAACCCAAGAAGAGGGGUAUCCUGCAGCUAGUGGAUUCUGGGAAUAACAUGUCCGCCUCUAAGAUUGUUGAGAGGAUCAUUACAAACAGGAUCAGGUUCCAGAAGAGGAACAAGGACAAGGAAGAGAAGGAGCUCAGGAACAUCCAUCUCAUCGAGGAGAAGAGACGGGCAUCCGCAAGGAGCUCCAUCGAAGAGCCAAGCUCUCCCGUGUCCGGCCAGCUCUAAGCUCAGAAACAUCCAUCUCAUCGAGGAGAAGAGACAGGCGUCGGCAAGGAGCUAAGCUCUAAGGCCUGGGGGGUGUUUCACAAAACUUGUCAUCAGUGACAAAUGACAAUUCUUGUUAUAAGCUACUGAAAUCCUUGCUUCUGAUUGGUUACCAGCAGAUUUGUCACUGAAAAAAGGCUUUGUGAAACGGGUCCCAGAUGAUGAAGAUACGAGAAAGGCGAUGCAGAAGAAGAAGGAAGGUUUCCUGAACAUAGUUGUGCACCUAAGUAAUGAAGUAGGCCUGGC